AUGGAUGACGCUGCCGUCCUCAAGCGACGAGGCUACAUCAUGGGGAUAAACUUGGGAGAGGGCUCAUAUGCCAAAGUCAAAUCCGCUUACUCUGAGCGCCUGAAGUUCAACGUGGCGGUCAAGAUCAUCGAUCGCAAGAAAGCCCCCACGGACUUCCUAGAGAAAUUCCUUCCCCGGGAGAUUGAGAUUCUGGCCAUGCUAAACCACCGCUCUAUUGUCAAGACCUAUGAGAUCUUUGAGACAUCAGAUGGCAAGGUCUACAUUGUCAUGGAGCUUGGGGUACAGGGUGACCUCCUCGAAUUCAUCAAAACCAGAGGAGCCUUACAAGAGGAUGAUGCUCGAAAGAAGUUCCACCAGCUCUCCUCGGCCAUCAAGUACUGCCACGAUCUGGAUGUCGUCCACCGAGACCUCAAGUGCGAGAACCUUCUGCUCGACAAGGACUUCAACAUCAAGCUGUCUGACUUCGGCUUCUCCAAGCGCUGCCUGCGGGACGACAGUGGUCGGCUGACGUUAAGCAAGACCUUCUGUGGGUCAGCAGCUUAUGCGGCCCCUGAGGUGCUGCAGGGCAUCCCCUAUCAGCCCAAGGUGUAUGACAUCUGGAGCCUGGGUGUGAUCCUCUACAUCAUGGUCUGUGGCUCCAUGCCCUACGAUGACUCCAACAUCAAGAAGAUGCUGCGCAUCCAGAAGGAGCAUCGUGUCAACUUUCCACGCUCUAAACACCUGACCGGUGAGUGCAAGGACCUCAUCUACCGAAUGUUACAGCCAGAUGUCAACCGGCGGCUGCACAUUGAUGAGAUCCUCAGCCACUGCUGGGUGCAGCCCAAGGCACGAGGUCUGUCCUCUGGAGCCAUCAACAAGGAGGGGGAAAGCUCCAGAGCCACUGAGCCAACAUGGACCCCUGAACCUGGUGCUGAUAAGAAAUCUGCCACCAAGUUGGAGCCUAGGGAAGAGGCAAGACCCGAGGCCCAGCCUGAGACAAAACUCCAGGAAGACACUGUGCAGGUGGCCAGGCAGUCAGAGAACCUGGGCCUCAGCAGUGAAGGGAGCAGGGAUAUAGAUGAAGGGCACCCCCAACAGACUCCAGAGACACAUACUUAG